ACACCAACACACAGCGAAGCCAACCAAACCGAACUAAGCAACUAUAUAAUAUUAUUAUUCUUUAAACACAUAUGCGGACAUCAACAGUGACCAGAGACAAGAGAAAAAGAGAGAGAAAGAGAGAGAGAGAGAGAGAUUCACCUAACUCACCCCUUUCUUUCUCUCUUUCUAAGUUCGCCUCCACUGUUGCUUGUUUCUGCCUCGCUUUAGCCGCCCUCCUCUGUCAUAUUCCUCAUCUCAAAACCCAUUAUCAUCUUCUGCUAUUCUGAAUUGGGCUCUCCUCUUACCAUACCCAUUUGGUCAUAAUUGAUUAUUGGCCUCUCAAACGCCUGUAAUAAUAAUAAUAAUAAAUAAUAAUAAUUGAAUUAUAGAAGGAAUGUUUUGGCUUUUCCGGUAGAACCCUAGAAGAAGAAGAAGCAAAUAAAAGAGAGCGUGUCCGAAAGUUUGUGUCUUUUAUUUUUUGAGAUUAAUGGGUAAGAGAGGAGUUCAACUAUUUGAUGAGACGAAAGAUGGGUUUUACUCCGUCAGCGGUUUAGGGUCUUCUCAAUGGAAUUCCCAAGAGGGGUAUUAUCACCCCGGUGGCUUAUUCGCCAGCGUUGGUCAGGUGGGAAUGGGUUUUGGUGUUUCGCCGAACCCUCCGAACCCCCGUGACGACGGUGGGGGUGGCGGCGGCAUGAAGCUUCCGUACAACGACAUGUACAUGAAGUACGUGGAGGGUAUUCGGAGAUUCGGUGUUCAGGAGGGGGAUGGGCUGACGAAGAAGCAGAAUAAUAAGAACAAUGGUCUUAAAUUGAAGAUUAAGGUUUCUAAUCCAUCUCUACGGAGGUUAAUAAGUGGUGCCAUAGCUGGGGCUAUUUCUCGGACUGCCGUUGCGCCAUUAGAGACUAUAAGGACUCAUUUGAUGGUUGGGACUAGUGGCCAUUCCACAACUGAAGUCUUCAAUGAUAUUAUGAAGACUGAUGGGUGGAAGGGAUUGUUUAGAGGGAAUUUUGUCAACGUGAUUCGUGUUGCACCGAGCAAAGCCAUAGAGCUCUUUGCUUACGACACAGUUAAUAAGCAUUUGUCACCAAAACCAGGCGAACAAGCCAAACACCCUUUCCCUCCCUCACUAAUUGCUGGGGCCUGUGCUGGAGUUAGCUCAACGUUGUGUACAUAUCCUCUAGAGUUGCUUAAGACUCGUCUAACAAUACAGAGAGGUGUCUAUGACGGUCUUUUUGAUGCGUUCUUGAAAAUUUUACGGGAAGAGGGACCUGCAGAACUCUACAGAGGUCUUGCCCCUAGUCUUAUUGGAGUAAUCCCAUAUGCAGCCACUAAUUACUUUGCAUAUGACUCGUUGCGCAAAGCAUAUCGAAAUUUUCUCAAGCAAGAUAAGAUUGGCAACAUCGAAACUCUUCUCAUUGGAUCAGCGGCUGGUGCUAUUUCAAGUACUGCAACUUUCCCUCUUGAGGUUGCCCGCAAGCAUAUGCAGGUUGGAGCCUUGAGUGGAAGGCAGGUAUAUAAGAAUGUGAUUCACGCGCUUGCUUGUAUCCUCGAACAUGAAGGGAUCCCAGGUUUGUACAGAGGACUUGGUCCUAGCUGUAUGAAGUUAGUUCCCGCUGCUGGGAUUUCAUUCAUGUGCUAUGAAGCGUGCAAGAGGAUUUUGGUGGAGAACGACGAGGAGGCAUAGAAAAGUAACCUUGUUUAAGGAAGGAGAAGAGUUGUUACUUUAACAUGUUUGUUGUGGGUGCAAAUAGAAGAAAGAGUAGAAUAUGCUAUCCCGAACAUGGCGUCUAUUUAAUUUUCCCCCCUUAUUUUACUGCAGGAUUUGUUUACAAUUUCAGUUAGGAAGCCUUGUUUUUUCAAGAGUUAAGGCCAAAUGACAAUCAUUUUUACUUGACAAAAGCUUCUUUUGUGUUCUUCAAAAAAUAAAUAAGCUUCUUUUGUGGA